ACCAGUGCAUCGUGUCGGAUAGGCAGUUUACGCUCGGCAGCGGUCUCGUUAAGUCGUGUGAAGGCGUGCAGUCUAGUUCACUCGUACUUCUGUAUACGUGCUUGACUCUCCAGUGUUCGGAGGUCAGAAAAUUCAUCAAUGAAGGAACAUCAUGGUGUUCCAUGAAUCGCGAUGCCUCGCGCUCAUCAUCCUUUUUGCAUUUGCCUUCGUUUCUACAUGUGCCAGAUCUUGGGAUAUGGCAGUGGCGAUUGGACAAGAAAUAGAUUUCCUUGCGAGUAACGGAACUUUAAUAGGCGAAACAAAAAUUGCAAAAGCCAAAAUACUGGCUGGACUUGCCUAUGACGACAUCACUCAUACAAUAUUUUUCAGUGAUACCAAAAAUUCCAAUGGUUCUAUAUUUAGUCUUAAUAUUACUGACAAGAACACUGAACCACGACUACUCCUCAAAUCAAGAAAUGGAACACAUGUUAUAGCUUUGGUUUUCGACUCCGAGACUCGCACGCUCUUUUGGGCAGACGCUUUAAAACAGACAAUUAUGAAAAUGCAUAUCCCAUUGAAUAAAGCUCCUGAGGAUGCUGUUGUUGUUCAAAAUCUAAUGGGAAAAAGUCCACGAACUGUUACAAUCGAUAUGUGCAACAGACAUCUUUACUGGGGGAAUGCGAAUAAAUCGAAUGCCAGUAUAGAACGAUCAAAUUUGGAUGGUGGUAAUCGAAUCACAAUAAUUAAGGACAAUCUUUAUGAGCCAGUGGCUGUGGCGGUAGAUCACGCAACUGGAAAAUUAUACUGGAUAGACGACGAGGAAGGAAUUCACUACAAAAUCGAAAGAAGCGAUCUUGAUGGCUCAAAUCGUGAGUUUAUAUUUCACGGAAAGCAUCAACAGCCCGUGCAUAUUUCAGUAGAUAACAAAAAUGUAUACUGGAUCGACUGGGUUUACAAUGCCGCUUGGAUGAUAGACAAAUCCAAAAAACCUGGAGACAUUCCGAAACAACUUAGGUCUUAUCAUGAUACAGUAAAGGAUGCAAAUCCUACUAGUGUGAUAACUCGUGAUAAUAGUGGAAAGAUUAAUUGUGAGGCCUUCACCAGGCAGAAUAUUCAACGUCCAGUUGUCGAACCAACGAUUUUGGAGUCUUUUAAUAAUCUUACAACGAGUACAGAAGAAAGUGAUUUGAAACACGAAAAUCUGAGUCGUUGUUCAAAUAAUGGAUUGUACGUGGGCAAUACUUGCUAUUGUAAACCAGGUUUCAGUGGUUUCAAUUGCGAGAUUUCCGCUUGCCAUAAUUACUGCCUGCAAGGAACUUGUAGAAUAAAUCCCAAAGGUCUUCCUGUAUGCCACUGUAACCGUGCGUUUAGUGGGUUCCGAUGCGAGCGGAAUGAUUGCCAUAAUUAUUGUUUGAACCAUGGACAGUGUUCAAUAAAUAAAGGCAAACCCUCAUGCACGUGUCGAAAUUUCGCAGGCGCACGCUGUGAGUCGAAAAUCGUCGAAAGCGAAAUGACUGUGGAAUCUAAUCUAAAUAGUGUAGAAUCUAGUUCCUGCAGAUGUAUGGAAACAAACCAAACCUUAGAACGACUGACGUCAUUCGGUGGAUUUUUCGACUGUGGCAUCAUCAUUCCUGUGCUUUCAUCAUUAGUUGGGACGCUAACAGUCUUAGUAAUAUCGCUGAGCUACUAUGUGACCAAAUUACGACGUCGACCCCGCAUAAAAAAACGUUUCGUCGUCAGCCGUAGUGGAAAUACACCUUUGACUUCCAGACCGCAAAUUCCCAGCAACCAGUGCGAAAUAACUAUAGAAAACUGUUGCAACAUGAAUAUCUGCGAAACACCGUGUUUCGAGCCAAAACUCAGGAACUCGACUUCUAGAAUGUCAAGAAAAGAAGAAAAAAAUGGCCUGUUGGAUAACAUGGAAGGGAACGGUUGCUAGCACAUAAUACAAAAUGUACAAAUACUUCCAUGCAAUGUGCGAAAAAGACGCAGGUGAAACUGCAUUAUCAUGCCUCAACACGUUUAGACUUAAACAAAAAAGUUGUUAAGUAUUGUUGUUAAGUUUGGUACCGCCAACUGAGUCUUUUUUUCGCCUCUUGACACUUAUAACAAAAGCCAAAGGUUUCUUUUAAUAGAAUACAAAACGAAAGUAACCUUUGGCACCCUUACCACCGAUAGCCAAAGGUUUUUUCACUUUUUCUCAGAAAAAUAUUGUUACAUCCAGAAUUAAACAUCGCAGCUUUAUUACGCAAGACGUGAAAUCGUUUAAGAAAACCGGGUUAUAUUUUUCGAAAUUAGGAUCAUAUUAUUUCUAGUGCCUAUAAAUACACGGCUUUUACUUCGGAUAUACAGUACAAUAUUCUUGCAAGAAAUAAGUCAGUUAAUAGUAAGUUAAUUAAGUCAGUUAAUUGAAGUCAGUCAAGUAAUUAUAUUCUACAAUCUUAAAGAAUCUGAAGAUAUUUAAAGGACAAGGUACUUAUGUCUACUUCGUUUUUAACUAAAACCUGUUUUUAUGUAUCAAAUUUUUCACUUCUGAUACAAAGUUUUAUUUAUUUUUGAUUAAUUAUUUCGAAAAAUCUAUGGACAUUGUCUGCUGGAGACUGGAUUUUAAACAUAUAGUUAGUAUUCAAAUGUUCGUUGUAAAACGAAUGCGAAUGAUAGUCAACUUAGCAAUGAGAUUUACCUAAUAGUUUCUAUGUAAACUAAUUCAUAUAUCGUAGUAAUUAUAAUGUCAUCUGUAAAGCAGCAAGGUUUUAUCCAAAACAGAAAUAUUAGCAUUUAAUUCAGAUGAAUGUUCACCAAUUUAGAUCUGACUUCCAGUUGUUUAGUUAUCAAAUGUGCUAUGCAAAUAAAUAAUUAAAAAGGAUCGCAAAGAUUUUUUUAAAAUGUAGAUAAUGUGUAAAUAUGAAUACUGAGUCGCAAAAAUGAAAGUGAAAUACCAUGCCUCGUCGUAUACAUUUAAAUUAAAAAUAACCAAAUUAAUUUUUUUAAUGGGAUGGGGGGUGCAUGACUACAAAAAAAACCCUCUGGUCCCAAAUAGUAAAUAAGUAAUAACACAUGAAUUUAACCAGAAAGACCAAAGGAAAGAUCGAUGCGAUUAAAAAUAUGGAGUAAUUAAACAUUUUUAUAAAAGACUUUUUUCAGCCCUGUAUUUAAUUUUAACUUGAAUCUCGCUUGUAAUCUGGGAUUGAUUCAAAAGACACUUGAAAAAUUUAUCUUUAGAUUAAUUUUUCUAGUUUAUUUCUAAAAUAUCGAGCGAACGAAAUUUAUUCACAUUUUCUAAGAUAAUUUGCAAGUAAAUGUGAAUACAUUUUGCCAUGAAACUACUUCCUCAGGCAAUAAAAUGCACACAAAAACCUGGUUCAGAUCUUUGAUUUCACUGUCCUUUUGUGCGGCUUCCUAUUAUGAUAAUUAAUAAUGUGAGAAUUACUGACUUCAAUAUUUUCUUGUUUUAGAGUAAGACCCUUAAUUUUAAGUAUCGCAUGCGAUAAAACAAGACUUGGCACUCUAAGGGGGUCAAUGAAAGAAAAAUGUAUAUAUGUAUAUUCAAUAUUACUCCUUUACCACAGAAAGAAAUUCGGUUUUAAAUCUUUUUCCGUGAUCCGUUAAUUUCGAAUAUUUCGCGGAAAUGCAUGGAAUGAGAGUUAAGAUAGAAGAGCAGAUGACUGCUAUAGAAUUUUAAAAUAUUAAAUUUUUAUUUUUAAUAAAAAAAAAUGCAUUUUUGAACGUUAAUUAAACCGGCAAGGAAAAUGUAAAGCAUGGGGAAAUCCUCGUUGUAAGAAUAGGUUCAAACAGACGAAUCAUUUUAUAUAGUUUUUUGCAUACAUAAUAUUUUUUCCUGAUAGAAGCCAUUUAUCGAUAAUCUUUAUACUAUUUACAUUAUGGAUGCAAUAACUAGACGUCUAGCCUUAAUCGUGCAACUAGUAUAUCCCAAGGCCUUUGUAUUCCCCUUGAGCUUGAAUUAAAAAAAAAAGUGCGCAACAACGACCCCUUUAGAAACGUAACAUAUAAACUGUAUAUUUUAGAUUACGACCGAAUUAUCAUAGGCAUCGGCGUUGACACAUAGAGAGUUAUCAGCGAAAUCUCAUUCUGUCACCACAUCGGAAAACAGCCCUUUCCCACACACUGAUCUUCAGAGAUAGUGGAUUUAUGGCGAAAUGGCUGUUUUCCUCCCCCAAAAAAGAAAACUCUUCUGUUACGUGCAAUUUAUAUGUUUUUUCUCUUUUUAUAAGAAAAAGUGAUUACAAAUAAUUAUUUUAAUAUAUUUGAAAAAUGAAAUAUGAAACAUUAAUAAAGAGAAUUAUCAUGACUUACCUGAAUGCGUUUUUCAGCAUGCAAAAUUAUAAUGGAAGUGUUCAAUAGAAAUUAAAAAUUUGACCCACUAGCUUCAAUCAAAGUUUUAUUUUACACUUAUUUGUGAUUGAACCUUUGCUUCAUUCAAAAAUAGUCGUCAAGUGGAAUAUUAUGAAGCAUAUCACGAAUUUUUUAAUCAUAGAUUUGAAAACAAUACUUAUUUUACUACAGUGCCGUGUGGUUCUCUGAAAUUCUAUGAAAUGUACAAAACUGGAAUAAAAUAAAGGAGGGGAAAAUAA